UGAUUUCCGGAUACGCAUUCUGGAAAUCCCAUUAAAUCCCAUAAAUGAAAAUCUGGAAUUUGUGAUGCCUUUAUUUAUAUCUUCUUCUUCUCCUCUGCUUUGUGUGUGUUGUUCGUGGUGUUUCUGGGGAAAUCUGAGGUGAUCUUGAUUGAAGUUUAAAGAUUUUGGGAGUGCGAGUUGUUGGGGGAAGUGGGCGUGUUUUGUUUAGGGUUAGUUAAAAGCAGAGGAGGGGGAACCCUGCACUUUACACUUGCGGGAGUUGUUUCGAUUCUCUGUUCGCUCGACGGGAACCAGAACGGCUUCGCAUUUUGACGCCAUUGACAGCCAAGACUCUCAAACAGAGAGAGUAGAGAUUCUAACUUUCCCGUGAAAUUUGGUGGUUUCCGUUUCUAAUCUUAGAAAUUCUUUCACACGUUUGUGGGUUUAUCUCCAUUUUGGUUCCUAUUUUCUUCCCAAUCGGAAAAGCCUUUUGAAAGGAAAAAAAAGACUCCGAUUAUUCCUCUUCCUCUUCCCUUUGUCUCUCUACUCUUUCCCGGCGCUCUGUUCUUCGGUUUGCUUUCCGGGAAGCCUCUCUGCUUUGCAGGGUUGGGGGGAAGGCUCUGAAUAUUUCAUCUCUCUCCCUCUCUUCCAAGAUUAUGAUUCUUGACAAAGGGUCAGCACUGCAAUCCAAUUUGGGUUGCUUUCUUCAUUGCACCACGCCCCUUGUCAAUUCCCAAUUCUUGCCCAAGAGUGAGAUUAGGAAUCUGAAUCGUCUGUGGCAUCCAUGGGAGAGAGAGAGGGUUGAAUAUUUCACCCUCGCCGAUCUCUGGAAUUGUUACGACGAAUGGAGCGCCUACGGCGCUGGCGUUCCCAUCGCCGUCAACAACGGCGAGACCCUUGUUCAAUACUACGUUCCUUAUCUCUCUGCAAUCCAAAUCUUCACCAGCAACUCCACCAUCAAUGGUUUCAGAGAUGAGUGUGGUGACAGUGAAACAAGGGAUUCGUUCAGUGAUUCAUGCAGCGAUGAGAGUGAAAGUGAAAAACUAUGGAGAUGGGAUGGAAGCUCAUCGGAAGAGGGAGGUGGACUAUUAGAACAAGACAGCCCUCUAUCUCUCAGUGACAGAUUGGGAUACCUUUACUUUCAGUAUUUCGAGAGAUCAACUCCAUAUGGAAGAGUCCCACUAAUGGAUAAGAUCAAUGAAUUGGCUCGAAGAUACCCUGGCCUGAUGACAUUGAGAAGCGUGGAUCUUUCUCCUGCAAGUUGGAUGGCUGUUGCCUGGUACCCAAUUUACCAUAUUCCAAUGGGGAGAACCAUAAAGGAUUUAUCGACAUGUUUUCUGUCAUACCAUACGCUUUCAUCCUCAUUUCAAGAUAUGGACGUAGAAGAUGAGUUUGAGAGCGGAGAAAGGAAGAGGAAAGAAGGGGAAGAGAUGGCGCUGCGUGCAUUUGGGUUAGCGACAUACAAGAUGCAAGGAAGCGUGUGGAUAUCUGGUAAUUAUGGGCGGGACCAAGAGCGAGUGGUGUCUCUUUUGAGCGUGGCGGAUUCUUGGCUAAAGCAACUCAGGGUCCAGCACCAUGACUUCAACUACUUCACGGGGAUGAUCCGUCGUGGCUAAACCAGAAAGGGGUUUUUAACCAAAAAAAAAAAAAAAAAAAAAAAAGACAAACAC